CGCACAAGAUACCCACCAGAUAUGCCCUGUGUGCAAGCGCAGUAUAGUCCUUCACCGCCUGGUUCAAAUUAUGCAGCUCAGACCUAUGCGUAUGGCUCGGAGUACAGCUCGGAGAUCAUGAAUCCUGACUAUACCAAGCUGACCAUGGACCUGAGCAGUACUGAAAUCACUGCCACAGCCACCACCUCCCUUCCCAGCUUCAGCACCUUUAUGGAGGGUUACUCUGGCAGCUAUGAGCUCAAGCCUUCCUGCAUCUACCAAAUGCAAACUGCCUCCUCUGGCCAGAGGCCUCUCAUAAAGAUGGAAGACACCCGCCUCUCCCCGUACCAGCCCUCACUGCCACCCUCCACGGAUGAGGGGAUGCCCAGCACUUCCAUGUACUUCAAGCAAUCUCCACCCUCCACGCCUACCACGCCCGGCUUCCCCUCUCACCAGAGCCUGUGGGAUGAGCCCCCAUUGCAGCCAACACAGACCUGCCUGCCACCUGGCCACCUGAUGGACACUGCCCCUAUGAAGACCGUGCCUCCACGCUUCCCCCUUUUCCACUUCAAGCACUCACCCCCCCACACACCGGCCGCAGCUGCCCACAUGUGCUAUGACCCUGCCUCCCUGAGCCUGCCCCUGGGCUCUGACAGACCUGCCACCAGCCAGGCACCCAUGGAGAGCCAUUCCUAUGGGCUUCACCUGGCCAAGAGACCAGCCACCUUAGCCUUCUCACCACUCGGCCUCAAUGCAGCCACCUCCAGCCUGAUGGGCGAGAGCAGUGGUGGUGGCAGCAGUGGCCUCCCAUCUCCACCCAGCAGGAGCUCCUCAUCUGGGGAAGGUACCUGUGCUGUCUGUGGAGAUAAUGCUGCCUGCCAGCACUAUGGAGUACGGACAUGCGAGGGCUGCAAGGGCUUUUUCAAGAGAACAGUUCAGAAAAAUGCAAAAUAUGUUUGUCUGGCAAAUAAAAACUGUCCAGUGGAUAAGAGACGUCGUAACAGAUGCCAAUACUGCCGGUUUCAGAAGUGUCUCAGCGUCGGCAUGGUUAAAGAAGUUGUCCGUACCGACAGCCUGAAAGGGAGAAGAGGGCGGCUGCCUUCCAAACCAAAGAGCCCCUUACAGCAAGAACCCUCUCAGCCCUCCCCACCUUCUCCUCCCAUCAGUAUGAUGAACGCCCUCGUUCGAGCUUUAACUGACUCCACGCCCAGGGAGCUUGACUAUUCAAGAUACUGUUCCACCGAUCAGGCUGCUGCAGGCACAGAUGCAGAACAUGUACAACAGUUCUACAAUCUUCUGACUGCCUCCAUUGACAUAACUAGAGGCUGGGCAGAAAAAAUCCCAGGAUUUACUGACCUCCCAAAAGAAGAUCAGACAUUACUCAUAGAAUCAGCUUUUUUGGAGCUGUUUGUACUAAGACUCUCCAUCAGGUCUGAUACUGCUGAGGAUAAGUUUGUAUUCUGCAAUGGACUUGUGCUUCAUAGACUUCAGUGCCUUCGUGGAUUUGGGGAGUGGCUCGACUCUAUUAAAGACUUUUCCUUAAACUUAAAGAGCCUUAACCUUGAUAUCCCAGCCUUAGCAAGUUUAUCAGCUCUAACUAUGAUCACAGAACGACAUGGAUUAAAAGAACCAAAGAAAGUGGAAGAGCUAUGCAACAAGAUCACAAGCAGUUUGAAAGAUCACUUAACUUUCAGUUGCCAAAACAAAGGACAACCGCUUGAGUCUGCAGAGCCGAAGGUACUGGGUGUUCUGGCUGACCUGCGUUCUCUCUGCACACUGGGACUGCAGCGCAUCUUUUACCUGAAACUGGAAGAUUUGGUGCCAGCCCCUUCCAUUAUUGACAGGCUGUUUCUGGACACCUUACCUUUCUGAGUCAAACCACCCUCCUGAAAGGCAAACGCCCACCAGAGCAGGCAAACGGAUCGUGACUUACAGCUAACAUUUCUGCCCUCACUUAACAGAACAGCAGCUCCGAGUCUAAAAUGAGGUCUUUAAUGGCGCUUUGUCCUUACAACCUGAGGCCUGAAACUUACUGGCUUACUGGUUUGGGGUUGUGUUCUUUGUUUUCUUUUGUGUGAUUUGGGUUUUUUAAAUGGCUAAUAUGGCACUUUUGGACAAUGCUAUCCCAGCAGCAGUAAAAGGUUAACAUGACUGUUUUAAAUCUGUUGUUUAACGCCUCAUGGUAUAUGAGGAAUAAAAUUGUAGAAGCUGUGUUUGAUAACAAGAGCAGCAAAUAGUUGUUUGCCAGGGUAGUAUGUGUUUUGUGAGGAUACCUUUAGCAUACUUCCUGCAUCAAGGGCACAUACAUCAGCACAAUCUAAACGAAAAUUCACUUUUUUAGCAAAGUACCUUCAAUUGAACAUUUCAUACAAAUCAAAUAUAGCAAAAUGACAAUGGCUGUUAGCUCCCAUGUUCAAGUGCAAUUUUUUAAAGUGCUGUCUUACUAAGUCUCGUUUAUUAACUAAUUUAUUUUACUAUGAAAACAAACGGAAGAAAUCAAGUGAGAAAAUCACAUGCACUAACUUACCUGACAGAGUUUUCCAAACUUGAUUCCAUGUAGCGCGACUUACUGACAAAUGUAUGUGGAAGACACGGGAGCAAUUGUGGCUCAGUUGUUCCUUAGCUAAGGAAAUCCGAGUAAGUAGUGAUUGGAGCACGCAGGGUCAGCAUCAGGGAUCGUUCAGUCUGAGACUUUUAACAUUAAGUGACUAGCUAGUAAACGGACAGCAGAUGGUUUUCAAGAACAAGCAAGUCUUGUAAAAUAGUAUGAAUGUAAGUGCUAGGAAGGAUUUAGUGGGCUGCGUUGAAACAUUCCGUGUUCGUACUCUUUUUUGUAUGUUUAUACUGUUGAUGCCAUAUUAAUAUGAAAUAAUUUGUUGCAUAGUGUCUUUAUUUGUAUAAAUGUUUGUAUGCAUGGUAUAUCGUAACGGCUUUUGCCUGUAUUUAUUGCAACGACUGCCAGCUCAUGGGAGCCCUGUUACACACCGUAACUAAAUGGGGUGUUCACACUGACUCAGAUACACCAGUUGGGAAACUAUAUACAUAUAUAUAAUGUGUGUAUAUAUAUAUGUAUAUACCUGUAUUUGUGUGUGUGCGUGUGUGUGUGCGCGCGCGUGUCUUUUUAUUAACCAUUUGUAUAUAAAAUUAUCUGUCAAAUCACAAGCAGAGUUAUUUUGCAGGUUUAUUUGCAGUGACUUCUAAGGCAGUACUGUUUAGCACUUUGAUAUUAAAAAA